AUGCACCCAUACUUUCUUGCAAGUAUCGUUGUUAGUGUUGCUGUCGUCGCCUACGUUGUGUAUACGGUAUACCAGGAACCUCAACCCAUUUUUGUUGAGGGAGGAGGUGAAAAAUAUAAUGAAAAGCCACAGGAGAAUCGUAGUGACGAUGGUGACGAAGAUUCUUUAGACAAUUCAGACGAAAAAUCUGGUCUUAGAAGAAGGAAAAAAUCAAAGGACGUUAAUAGUCAACAAAGUUCGAACAUGCGUGAACACAGCGAUUAUGAUGAGCAAGAACUGCUAGAUAGGUUAUCAUAUUUAAACGCAGUGGAACAGGAAAUCGAACGAAAAAAACUUCAAUUAGCCGAUGAAGAACGCAUUCUUGGUGAAAAAGAACGUGAAAUUGAACAAAGAAAACAAAGCUUACUUGAAAGUUCUCUCUCCAGCUCAAUUUCUGAAUUAGGGAAUUUAUCUACUGGCACUACCUUUCAUAAUAUUUCUAACACCUCUACUUCCACGAAUAAUAUAGUGGAAAUUCCCCAUGAGCAACCAUUAAUUGAAGUUUCAUCCCCUAUUUCGCUGGUCUCACGCUUACCAUCUACAAAGACCAUUAACAGCUCUUUGAAUGAUGAACAUGAUAAUGAGAGUCAUACUUUCUCGGAUUCAGCAGCAAACACCAUUCUCACACAAGAUUUAUCUCGUAUCAGUCACCAACAAAUGACACCCGUUGUAAACUAUCCUUUAGCUACAGUUAAUUCUCCUAAUUCCACUAUUUCUUCUCAACAUAACCAAGAUGAUUCUGUUAGACAAUCUCCUAACCAGUCUCAUCUUACGGUGAAAUCCGCUAGAUCGGAUGACGCUUGGUCUGAAAUUGAAUCUGUUCUUUCCGAGAACAUUGGUAGUAUCAUGUCUUCUGCUGUCGAUAUCGAUAUGGAAGAUGUCGACGUUAUAGAGCAUUAG